AUGUGUGAAGAUAAAAAUAGUAUGCGUUUGGAAAUGGAAAACUUAUUGAAACGACGAUUUUUUUAUGAUCAAUCGUUUUCAAUUUAUGGCGGUGUGAAUGGUCUAUAUGAUUAUGGUCCAGUUGGUUGUGCAAUAAAAACAAAUAUUAUAAAUCUAUGGCGUCGACAUUUUAUUCUCCAAGAACAAAUGCUUGAAAUAGAUUGUUCAAUGUUAACGCCAGAAAUUGUACUCAAAGCAUCAGGUCAUGUUGAUCGAUUUACAGAUCUGAUGAUAAAAGAUACUGAAACAGGUGAAUGUUUUCGAGCAGAUCAUUUAAUUGAAGGUUAUUUCGAAAAAUUACUUGAGACAAAAGGUAUAAGUGAUGCAAAAAAUAAAACUGAAAUUAAACAAUUAUUACCACAGAUUGGUAAUAUGAAUGCAGAAGAUAUGCAACAAGUUAUAGAAAAAUAA